GAAGGGGCCCUGGACCUCCUCAAGAAGCUGAGCAGCUGUCGGAUGUCCGUCCAGCUACUGCAGACCACCAGGAUCGGAGUUGCCGUUAACGGGGUCCGAAAGCACUGCUCGGACAAAGAGGUGGUGUCCUUGGCCAAGGUUCUCAUCAAAAACUGGAAGCGGCUGCUCGACUCUCCGGGACCCCCUAAAGGAGAAAAGGGAGAAGAACGAGAGAAAACAAGGAAGAAAGAAAAAGGACUCAAAGGUCCAGACUGGAAGCCAGAAGCGGGCCUUUCUCCAUCAAAGAAAACUCGAGAGGAGGAGCCCAAAAGCAGGUAUUUUCCCCUGGGCUGGAGAGAAGGGGCUGUGUUCGUGCAUUUCCCACAACACCGCAGGCCGCACAGCUUAGCAAGAAAAGAGGGCUGUUUAGCUCCCGGCUCUGGAGGCUCCUUGGCCCCAUCACAUAUCUACCAGGAGCUCAAGGGCACGGACAUGAAGUACCGGAACCGUGUGCGCAGCCGAAUCAGCAACCUCAAGGACCCCAGAAACCCCGGCCUGAGGCGCAAUGUGCUCAGUGGGGCCAUUUCUGCGGGGCUGAUCGCCAAGAUGACGGCAGAGGAAAUGGCCAGUGACGAGCUGAGGGAGCUGAGGAACGCCAUGACCCAGGAGGCCAUCCGCGAGCACCAGAUGGCCAAGACCGGCGGCACCACCACCGACCUCUUCCAGUGCAGCAAAUGCAAGAAGAAGAACUGCACCUAUAACCAGGUGCAGACCCGCAGUGCCGAUGAGCCCAUGACGACCUUUGUCUUAUGCAAUGAGUGUGGCAAUCGCUGGAAGUUCUGCUGAUGGGACCACCGCCGUCCGGACCGCCGUGAGCAGGGUGAGGCAGCACCCGCCCAUCGGGACGGAAGCCAAAAUAAAAAUUCAGAUGAAGAGAAAGACUGAGCUCUGAAUGAGGGGCUUAGGCAUCAGAGGUAGAAUCUUUUGCAAAUUGGUAGUCAGUUGGCAACCACGGGUGGCUGAUGGGGAGCCUCGUCGGGGUGAGUGCCAAGUAUCCGUGUGGAUAAACCGCUCAGAAGUCAGGUGCCUCUGACAGUGGGCUCUGCAGGCGUUGGGCCCCUCACCUCCAGAGCCUCCCAGCCCUUUCUGAACUGAAAGGCACUGAGACUGACACAGCCUCCCAGCCCCAGAGUUGCACCAGCACAGUUGAUACGAGGUUUCGGAGAAAUGGGGGAGGGGGACCUCCUCAAAAAGUUCGUGGAAAAUGAAUGUUAUGGAAAAAACUAUGCAUGGAUUUUAAAAAUGUUAUGUUUUGUACCAAAUAAACUUCCCUUUGGGGGGCCAGCA